AUGAAUUCAAUAUUCCACUCUGGUCUUUCAAAAGAUCUUUCUUUAAUUCUAAAUGAUUCCGAUGAUUUUAAUGUUAUCAUCCAAGCAGGUGAAAAUCAAAAUACAAAAGAGUUUAGAGCGCAUUCAGUUAUUUUACGUGCACGCUCUCCAUAUUUUAAGACUGCCUUUUCUUCAAGUUGGAUUGCAAAAAAGGAUAAUAUGAUCAUAUUCAAUAAACCAAACGUCACUCCAAUUGUUUUUGAUAUGAUUCUCAAAUACAUUUACAUGGGUGAACUUGUAUUGACCAAUCAGUCAGUUGAAGAUAUUCUUGGAUUAUUAAUCGCAUCAGAUGAAUUGCUUCUUGAGGAAUUAUUCGAAUAUAUCCAAGAUUACUUGAUUAAAGGAUACAAUAGUUGGAUUCAACAAAAUUUCGUUUUAGUACUUAAUACCGUAUUUAAACUUGCAAGUUGUAAGAAACUUCAAAAUUAUUGUCUUGAGUCAAUCUGCACAAACCCACGAUCAUUUAUCACUGCAGAAAACUUUUCAUCACUUGAUAAAUGUAUUCUUUAUGGCUUACUUGAAAGAGAUGAUUUUGCAAUCCAAGAAAUUGAUAUCUGGGAUGGUUUAAUCAAGUGGGGUAUUGAGCAGACACCUGGAUUGGGAAAUAUGAACUGUAAUAGAGCUAAUUGGAAUCAAGAGAAUUACGAAGCAUUGAAGAAGACGUUAAGUCAAUUCAUUCCACUUAUUCGGUUUGUGAAAAUUUCUCGUGCUGAGUUUUAUGAUCAAGUCCGUCCUUAUAAAGCCAUUAUUCCUAAAAAUCUUUAUGAAGAGAUUAAAGAAUUUUACUAUAAAGAUACCUUACCGAAGUCGAUUAUUAUAACGCCUCGAAGACCAGCAUCAACAAUCAUCAACCCAGCAUCGACAAUUAUAAAGCCAGAACUUGUAACUAUAGUAGCUAACUGGAUCGAUAGAAAUGAUUCAAAUAGUCUUUCAUCUAAUAACAAUUAUAAAUUUAAUUUGAUUUAUUUAAAAAGUCGAGAUGGAUUUGAUUGUGCGACAUUCAAUAACAAGUGUAGUGGACAAGGUCCAUUCGUAGUUUUGGUAAGAGUUGAAUCAAAGAAAAUCUAUGGAGGUUAUAAUCCAAUCGGCUAUGCAUUAAGAAGUAAUAAAUGGAUAUCUUCUUCAAAUAGUUUUAUCUUUUCUUUUGAAAAUGAUCAAGAUAUAUAUAAUAUGAAGAUUGGCAGAUUAAUCAAUGAAAAUAGAUGUAUAUAUGAGAAUUACCAUAGUACAUUUAUUGAUUUUGGAUAUCAAUUAUUUAUCAAAUGUUAUUAUGGUUCACGACUUUUUCUUGAAAACAAUUGUGAAAAGGGAUUUUAUGAUAUAUUUAAUUGCAUAGAUAGUUUACUGAUUGAAGAAAUUGAGGUUUUUGGUGUAGUUAAAAUUUAA